AUGUCAUUUGUACCUUCAAACUCCUCCACUGCUUUCGCUUAUAGCGACGUUCCAACUUCUGGGGUCUAUGGCAUCAUCGAGGCCAUGCCCGGAGUCCGCAACAUGCUGGAGUAUUGUCAGCUCAAGGCAGGGGAGAAUGUAGUCAUCCUCCAAGAGCACACUGUCGAUCCAGUCGUGGUGCAAGCAAUCGCGGCUGGCGUGGUGUAUCACGGUGGCCACGUCCAACUCCUCUCUGUUGCACCCUUCGCAAUCGGCGGCAUGAAGACGGCAAACGCUCCAGGCUUGCUUUCGAAGCUCCUCGAAACCGCUCAUCUUGUCAUAUCUUGCUCAUGGUGGGGCGAAGUGCACUCCGACACCCUGUUCUUUGACAAGAUCGCCAGUUCCAAAUGCCGAGUCCUCUCCUUGCACAUGUCGGCAACUGUCUCGGCCUUGGCAACCGGUGCCCGCUUCCCAUACAAAGUGUACGAGAUGAUGGAGUCAAAGAUGUAUUCGAUGCUCGAGUCGGCAACUGAGGUUCGACUUACCACACACCAGGGCACAGAUCUGACGUUCAAACACCCGAAAAUCUCUGGAGGUGGCCCCCUAAGGCCCGGGAUGUGGCGCCCUUUCCCAUAUGGUGGCGCUAACUUCUACUCUUCCGAUGUGAGCGGUAUCAUCAUGUGCGUAGAUUCCACCGCGACAGGUGUCCCUGAAGCACCUAUCAAAAUCACCAUCAAGGGCGGAAUCGUCACGGCUAUCGAGGGGAAUGAGGAAGGGGUCCGGAACACGCGAGCCUUCAGUCCCACUGGGUCCUAUCUCCGCCACGCGCUUAUCGGCCUGAAUCCCAAGGUGAGAGUGGCUGGCGGCACGCAGUUCGAGAGGGAGAAGCACUCAGGUUCGUUCUACCUCGGGCUGGAUGGGUUGAUACAAGGUAGACCACGUCUCGAUGUGCCUGGUCACGCGCACAACGACAUCCAGUUCGACUAUCCAACCGUCCAUCUCGAUGGCAAGGUUGUUGUUGACAAGGGCCAUCUCCUUCUUCUAGACGAUCAAGAGGUCUUCGCAAGCACAACUGAGUAUUCUCAGGGCGUCGACCUUCUUUGUUCAAACCCACGAAUUACCCUUGAAGGGUGA